AUGGAAUUAUUUGCUAAAUAUAGAAUAGUCGAACAAACAGCAGAAAUAUUUAAUCAGCGACAUGAGAACAGUAACGUGCAUCGAAAAUAUGUUCUAGAACCUGUAGCUAAAUUUCGGGAAACUGGUACCCGCAAAUUGGAGACUGUGUGUGGUGUUAGUCGACAUACUGUCCAACGGAUUCUAAAGGCCCAUAACGCCAUAGAUCCUGCAUUAACAGCCAUAAUUGAAAAUCAGAAUGAUCGGCGGUACAUUGCGAAUAGGUUGAUGUUCCAACAGGAUGAUCGAUGGACUGAUAGAAGAGGUGCGAUUGAAUGGCCCCCAAGAUCGCCAGAUUUAUCACCUUUGGAUUUCUUUAUGUGGGGUCAUUUAAAAAGCAAAAUCUAUGCUACUCAGCCAACAUCAUUAGAAGACCUGCGACAAAGAAUUGUGAAUGAGUGCCUUCAAAUUACUCCUCAAAUAUUGCAAAAUGUGCGGCAACGCUUUGAGCAAAAUCUUUAUUAUUGCAUGGAGAUAAUCACAUGGUGA